UUUGCGGCCUUAAAUUUGACGGUUUUAUUUUUUUUCAUGGAGGAACCAAUACGAAACCUUGGGAAUUACGUUUCUUACCUCUGGAAUGGCCCCUCGUUUCUUGCUUGUUCAUUUAUUAAUUUGACCUUCAGCAGCAUCAGAUCCGUGGAAGUAGAUGUGUCAGUCAUGUCUUCUCUUUUGCUAUUAAUGGCUUCAAGUUUGGAUUGCCUGGAGUGGACUCCUAUGCUCCUCUCAUCCUGUAGGGUUUGUCAGGGGUUUCUGUUUUCCUCUUUCGGGGAUUAGGGUUUCUUGCUAGGUUGCCUCAGGUGGGGAUGCGUUUGUGGCUACAACCUUGAAUUGGAUUAUGUUUCAUGGGAUACUGGAGAAAGAUUCUGAUAGUUAGACUUGCUUGUUGUCUGUAAGCUUUAAGAUAAAACUGGCUUUAGAAGGACACCUUGGAUUUCAAAUUAUAACUAGGACUUUACUCCUUUUGGAUGAACCUUCAGGUCAUGGAAAAAUUAAGAAGCAGAAAGAUGACAACUAUGAUGUUUCACUAACAUGUUAUCAUGCAAGUAAAUGUGUUUCAAAAAGAAGCUGUGGGAUUUGAGUUUUGUGAGUACACUACAAAGACCCAUUAGACUUACAUUUUCAGUCAUCAUGAAAUCUAUGGAUAUAUAAAUGCUUAUUCUUGCUGAAGAUAAGCUAUCUCAGUCAGUCCUUAGAAUGACUACAUUUGAAGAUGAUUGACCAUUGAAGUCACAAAUGUCCUAUUGGGUAACUUGUAAAGGGAUGCCAUGCAGCAAUCUUGCAAAGGAAGAAUUUGAACAGUGAACAUUGUUACAGGAGACUGUCUGACUUAGUUUGAUCACUGCUGGAAGUUUCUUCAAGCAUCUAGAAGUGCAUAUUCAAGUAUUGGACUGAUCUUUACCUAGAACUGAAUGAGAGAUAUGGAAGCUGAUCCAACUGGUAUUAACCAGAUGAAGGAUGUUGCUUUUCGGCUAUUCCCUGCUGUUGGACCCAUGCUUCUAAUCUCUAUGGGAUAUAUUGACCCUGGAAAGUGGGCAUCAGCUGUUGAAGGUGGUGCCCAUUUUGGUUCUGAUCUUGUAUUGCAGAUGCUUGUUUUCAAUUUUGCUGCAAUUCUGUGCCAGUAUCUUGCAGCUUGCAUUGGUUUAGUCACUGGGAAGAAUCUUGCACAGAUUUGCAGUGAGGAGUACAAUAAAUCCAUAUGCAUAUUUCUUGGAGUUCAAGCAGAGCUCUCUAUUAUAGCUUUGGACCUGACUAUGAUUCUGGGCAUUGCACAUUCCCUCAAUCUCCUUUUUGGGGUGGAUCUGUUCACUUGUGUCUUUUUGACUGCACUUGAUGCUGUUUUCUUUCCAAUUUUUGCCACCAUCAUGGAGAAAUGCAAGGAAAAAGUCCCAUAUAUAAGCAUAGCAGGAUUUAUACUGCUUUCUUAUAUUCUGGGAAUGCUUUUCAGUCAACCUGAAAUCCCAUUUGGCAUAAAUGGGAUGCUAACGAGGUUAAAUGGGGAGAGUGCAUUUACAUUGAUGAGUCUUCUUGGAUCAGCUAUUAUGCCUCACAAUUUUUACCUCCACUCUUCUAUUGUUCAGCAACAGCAACUGCAGAAACCAUCACAUGCAUCAAAGAAUGCCUUAUGCAAUGACCAUUUUUUUGCCAUAUUAUGUGUGUUCAGUGGCAUUUUUCUGGUGAACUAUGUUUUGAUGAACUCUGCAGCAACCGUUUUUCACAAUGCUGGUGCUGUUGUGCUUACUUUUCAGGAUGCACUUUUGCUUAUGGACCAGGUAUUUAGGAGCCCUAUGGCACCUUUUGCCUUGUUUCUGAUCCUUUUCUUUUCUAGUCAUAUUACAGCAUUAACUUGGAAUCUUGGUGGGCAAGUAGUCUUGCAUUAUUUAUUCACAGUGGACCUACCUGUUUGGCUCCAUCGUGCAACAAUCAGGACUUUUGCCAUUGUUCCAGCCCUUUACUGCGCAUGGAAUUCUGGUGCUGAGGGAAUGUAUCAAUUGCUUAUUUUUGCUCAAGUAAUGCUAGCCAUGCUACUUCCAUGUUCUGUGAUUCCCCUUUUUCGGGUGGCCUCAUCAAGUUCAAUAAUGGGUGCUCUCAGAAUCUCUCAAUUUGUGGAGUUUUUAGCUUUGAUGACAUUUUUUGGUAUGCUUGGUUUAGAAAUUAUCUUUGUUGUGGAAGUGGUAUUUGGGAACAGUGACUGGGUGGGUAGUUUGAGAUGGAACAUGGGAAGUAAUAUUGCAUUCUCAUAUGUUAUUGUUCUCGCCAUUGCCUCUGUGUCACUUUGUAUGAUGCUUUGGCUGGCAACAACACCACUGAAGUCUGCAAGUGCUAAUCCAGAUGCACAGAUGUGGAAGUGGGAUCUACAAUAUUCUCGACCUGAGUUAUUCAUGGAGGGAGAGGAAAUGGGUUUAGUUAGGACUACUUACCAUGGAGAGGAGACUGCAGCUGAAGAGCCAGCAUUUGAGAAAUCUUUGGAGAGUCGAUCAGAUGGUUCAGCUAUGGAACUUGAUGUUGAUUUGCCUGAAAUGAUUAUGGAUUCUGAUCAGGAACCUCAUGCUACUCCCAUUGAGGAGAAAUGUACUUCUACUGCAGUUCUUAGCUCCCCAAUACGCCAUUCAGAGGAAUCGGGGUCCACAGUUGAGUUGGCACCGGUUGCAACUGUAGGUAGUGAGGUUUCUGAUGGUGGAUCCCUGGAUUCUGAAUCUGUACAGAAGUUUGAGUCUGUGGACCCAGUGGGAAAAACUGUUGAUUUUGAGGGAGAGUUGCAGACUGAGAAGGAUGAGGAUGAGGGGGAAGCAUGGGAGCCAGAAGAAUCAUCUACAGUAAUCUCUGCAGGUGGGCCCACUUUAACUUCUGAGGGUUCUGGGUCUUGUAGGAGUCUAAGUGGGAAGAAUGAUGAAGGGAUUAGUGGUGGUGGGAGUCUUUCAAGAUUAUCUGGAUUGGGGCGAGCUGCCAGACGCCAAUUAGCUGCUAUUCUCGAUGAGUUCUGGGGUCAGUUGUAUGAUUUUCAUGGGCAGGUAACUCAAGAAGCAAAGUCCAAAAAAUUGGAUGUAUUGCUGUUAUUGGAUCUGAAACCUGCUGUUUCUCAGAAGGUAGACCCUUUGGGAAAUGAAUGUUCUGGAUUCCUCCCUCUAGCAGAAAGAAACUCAAGUAUUUAUGACUCCCCCAAGAAGCAGAGAAUGCCAAGCAGUGUAGCAUUAUCUUGUGGGCUUCAAACAGGUUCUUCUGGAUCAUGGUCUACUCAAAUGCAGUUGUUGGAUGCAUACACAAACAGUUCCAGUCGCAACAUUGUUGAUGCUGGUGAGAGACGAUACUCUAGCUUACGCCUGCCACCUUCUUCUGAGGGCUGGGAUUAUCAACCUGCAACAGUGCAUGGUUAUCAGGUUGCGUCCUAUCUCAGUAGGAUGGUUUCAGAGAGAAAUGCUGAUCUCCUAGGUAUUCCAUUGGAUCCACCAACCCCUAAAUCCUCAUCUUUUGUCCCAACCAACUACAGAGAUUCAAUUUCUUUUGCUUUGGGGAAAAAACCACAAAAUGGGAUUAGCUCUUUAAGUUCAUCCAGCAUUCAGAACCCAAUUGUCUCUAGAAGUAGUACAUUACAAGCUGAACGACCUUGUUAUGAUCCCUGUUCUUAUGGACCUGUUGAAAAUGCUGGGUCUUCAGCAUACACAAAGAAGUACCAUAGCUUACCUGACAUUUCAGGGCUUGCAGUUCCUCUUCGGGAUUCCUAUUUGUCUGAGAAGAGUUCUCCCUGGGACAGCUCUAUUGGUUUUGGGCCAUCUGUUGGCAAACCGACAUAUGAACAAUCUCUAUAUUCAAAUAGUGGAUCCAGGGCAGGAGUCCCUUUGCCAUUUGAUGAACUCUCUCCAUCAAAGUUCUACAGAGAUGCUCUCUCUGUAAACAUGAGACCAAAUUCAGACACCAGGUCACUCUGGUCUAGACAGCCUUUUGAACAAUUAUUUGGAGUAGCAGGUCAAACUCAGUGUGUGGGUGAUGGAGUUGGAACAAGACAGAAUCUGGUUAAGCAAGAAACAACUUGUCUUUUGGAUUUGGAGGCCAAACUGCUCCAGUCUUUCAGAUAUUGUAUCGUGAAGCUCUUGAAACUGGAGGGAUCUGAUUGGUUAUUCAGGCAGAACGAUGGAGCCGAUGAGGAUCUGAUUGAUCGUGUUGCCACCAGGGAGAGGUUCCAUUAUGAAGCUGAAACUAGGGAGGUGAACCAGAUAUUGGGGGUCUCCCAAUAUUUUUCUUCUGACAAGAAGACCAGUUCAGGACUGAAGAAUGAGGAGGCUGGUCUCGCCAGGUUUCUUGUUUCCUCGGUUCCUCAUUGUGGAGAGGGAUGUGUUUGGAAAGUGGAUUUGGUAGUGAGCUUCGGGGUGUGGUGCAUUCACAGGAUACUGGAGUUGUCAUUAAUGGAAAGCAGGCCAGAGCUAUGGGGAAAAUAUACUUACGUUCUUAAUCGUCUCCAGGGUAUUCUUGAUCUAGCAUUUUCGAAGCCCCGUACUCCCCUGCCUCCUUGUUUCUGCCUCCAAGUUCCUGCAACUCGUGCAAGGAGGUCCAUUCCACUCCCAAAUGGGCUACCCCCAUCUGGGAAACCAGGAAGGGCGAAAUGCACAAGUGCAUCAAUGCUUCUUGAUUUAAUCAAGGAUGUUGAGACUGCAGUCUCCUCCCGCAAGGGUCGAUCGGGCACUGCAGCCGGUGAUGUGGCUUUCCCUAAAGGUAAAGAGAAUCUGGCAUCGGUCCUGAAGCGCUACAAGCGUAGGCUUUCUAACAAACCUGUUGGAACAAUGGAAGGUGGUCCUGGGUCGCGCAAGGUUCCCAUACCAACCUCUUAUGCCUUGUAACUGUUCCAUUUCCUUGAAAAUCAGUUCACAAGGCUCCUGCGGAGUAAUGAACACCUCCGCCUCUUGGAAGUGUCUAUAUCUCUUCCAUGUGUACAGAGUCUUCGCUGCAAAUUUCAUUUCCAUAUAUGUUGUUUAUACAUAUUGUAAAAGUUAUGGAGCUGCAAUUGCAGCGGAAAAGAAAAUGGGUAGGAAAAGGUGGAAAGCUGGUUGUAAUUGUUCCUGAUGUUGUUGUAGUUACCGCUGUGAUUGUAGUGUGUGUCACCAUUUUUUAUUAUCAGAUGGUGAUAUUCCAAAUCACGUGGGUAAGGGGAAAAAAGGAAAAGAAAAUGAAUGGACGGUGGAGAUAUUUUGGAGGAAAAUAAUUUUGAGAAUAUUAAAGUUCCGACUUGAAGCCUUACUUUUUCGCUCUUCGUUUUUACUAGUUGCAACUUUUUAACACAUGCACAGCCGGAGAGGACCCUUCUGUUGCAUUGCUCGUUGGAAGAAGAACGAUGUGUGCUUCUGAUUCUGCACUUAGGCUGUUUUUUGGUUUGAAAGAGAAGUAGAGAAAGAAGGGAAAGGUAGGGGAAGGGGAACUUGUAGAUGUUUUUUUUUAUUAUUUUUAUUUGGUUUGGAAGAAAAGGUAGGGAAAGCCUUGGUUUCUUGUGCUUCUUUAAUCUCUACUGUAUCUGUGGUUGUGUUGAUAUUUUGUAUCUAGACUCGAGCGAGCUUUAUUGCAACUGGGUUGGCAAGAUGAAAUAUUCAAAGUUCCCAUGCAAUAUGCAACAUUUCCUA